GCAACACGACAGCAGAAGACUUGGCGUCGAGUACCUCUCUUUGAGGUAAGGUAUUCCAGUUUGUUCUCGCUUUUAACUUUCAUACUUGGAUAAAAACUGCGUGUGAUUUGACUAUAAAGUUUUCAGUAUAAAAGCGAUACACAAUUUGCCUAUCUUCAGUUACUAUUCUCCAGUUCUUGUUUUCACCAAACAAAUUAAAACUUGAGAAAAUUAUAGUGUACAUAAAACACAAAGGAUGAAAACGCAUUUCAAGCUGAGAUUGAAAUAGAUGUCGCAAGCAGUCAACUUAUUUAACUCCUGAUCUUCGCUUGUUUGGACCCAUCAAAAGAAGUAAAAUUUCUUUAUUAUGUCUGACAAUUUUACAUCUACUUUUGACUAAACUGCUUUUAAAUUAUUUUCAUUUUUGCAGUGUAUUUUCAACCUUCGAAGGAACGUAACCUGGAUGGUAAUGAUGUUUCGCUUGUCUGCGAUAGCCUUGUUGGUUUUCUUGGCCAGUACUUUCGGGCCAUCACAGGUUGGUAACGCGGUUAGAGUUACUGCUAUUGAAAAGGAGCUGUCAUUAAGAUUUCGCUCGCUCAUGUAAAGUGUACAGUACCCUCGGAGUAUCUGCAAUUCUAGGAUUUUUUGGGUGGGGAAAUUUGGAAAGUAUUGUAUUGGGUGGCUUGAUUUAAGUUGGCAUUUUUUGGGGUAUUCAAAACAAUCUCAAGAUUUGUGGUGGCUAAGUUUUUGGACCAGGGGUUUUUUGGGUUUUGAUUUUUGCCCCUAUUCGAUCAUCCCCGUCACUUGCUGAUAUCCGUAGUUCUCCACCUUUGCCGAAAUGUUAUUCGCUUUAGCAUUUUAUAUCCUCAACUUUCGAAUUUCACUUGAAAUUAAGUACACGCGUAACUAGCUAUUAAGAAAAAAGCACGCAAAUUAGGUUAGUCAGGACGGAAUCCUUUCCUGUAAUCAUUCAAAAGAAAAAAAAACGCUUUCAAAAGUACUUUGGCAUAGUGUUAUGAUAAUCUGUUUUUCAAUUUAUGUUUUCGUCUUAGAAGAUGAGAUUAGGCACUUGUUCUUUGGGGUUUCAGGCAACACUACGAGACCUACGAUGCCUGUUGAAAGUAAUCUACUGAAUUACUAAACUGGUAUGUAUAUUCUUGAUGUUUUUCAGGCUGACAUUGAGACCAAAAUAAUGGACAUGGACCGAAAACUCACGGUGAGAGGAAAAUUAGAGAAGCAGCGAAAUUUUACAGAACCGAGUCAGUCAUGCAUUUUAAAUUGCACAGAGUCCAGACGAUAGACCUGUGAUCACGAGGAAGAGUAGCCUCGGACCAGGCUCUGGGGUGGGGGAAAAACGCAAAAAACGGGCUGAAAUACAGGAGCAAAAAAAAUUCGGCCUGCAAAGCGGUGGACUGGGGAGAAGGAAAGGGCAGCGUCACCCUUUCGCUUCCCUAGACUACCGGUCGCCUCGCUUCGCUUGCCGAUUUUUUUUCUUCAUUUUCCGUCAAUGCGGAAGCUGGUCCCUGGCUAGAGUGGGAGCAAUUAACAACUGUCUUGAGUCGAACGGGCGACUAAAAAAAUUAGUCCAGUAGAAAAGAAAAGAAAAUUUUUCGCAAAAAUGAAAACUUAAGUAAAACUAAACAUUUAUCCGCAAACAAAUUGGCUCCUUAGGUCUUUUUCCCUCCCUAAACAAUAAAACGGAGAGCGAGACUGGGAAGAGCGUUUGAGGCUCUUGAGCUACGCUUGAAACCAAAAUUGAGAAAAAAACAGACUGUUUUACAGUCUGCUGUCGUCCCGACUGGCUGCCCCAUGCAUGCUCUGCCAGGAUGGGAUGAUCAAAGCCCAUUAAAACUUUUCUUUUUACUCUGACAAAUGCAGGCCCUCGAAAACAGGUUGAAUGGCGCCCACUUGCAGUGUGACGACGUGGCUACAGGUUGGGACCAAUAUGCCCAUGCGCCAAUCGUGUUUUUGGACCGACAAGACGUAAAGUGCCCAGAGGGAAAGUUCUUGGCUAGAUUUCAUCUCGUGAGGCAGCGUGGGGAUCCAAAUUCCCCUGUUCGCUUCGAUUACCGUUGCUGCAAGCUCAUUCUGUAAGGGUACGGCCUAGAUUUGUCCAGUCAGCAGUUGUUAUCUGAAUUCACGUACGAAUAAGCAAAAAUAUAAUACUGAAAUAAAAUUAGACAGCUCAAUUAACUAUUUGGUUAUUUGAUGGUUAUCAACAGGAGCCAUAAUCAGUGUAGGGUACCGGCACUUUAUAAUUUAUCCAGUAAUGGGUUUGACUCCAUCGAAAUAGCCAAAUGUGCUAUUUUUAGCACAAAUUGUUCCAUCUCGUGUGACACGCGUGCGCUUUUUUUGCGAGGGCACUGCGUAAAGGGUAAACGAACAAGAAAUUACUUCCAUAGGAGAUGAAUAAAUUCAAUUUCUGUUAUCAUUCCCUCGUCUGAAUUUGAGGCAAGACCUUGGGGAUCACCUCUUUGACAAUAACUCUGAAUAUGAGGACUGUGAAUGUUAA